AUGGCAGAAUCCACGACAGAAAUCGACCUCGACUCGGUCAUCGAUCGCCUGCUCGAAGUUCGUGGAAAUCGACCAGGAAAGCCCGUGCAGCUGCAGGAAUACGAGAUCAAGUAUCUCUGUACCAGGGCCCGCGAGAUCUUCAUAAACCAGCCAAUCCUCCUAGAACUUGAAGCCCCCAUCAAAAUCUGCGGCGAUAUCCACGGACAAUAUUACGACCUGCUACGCCUCUUCGAGUAUGGUGGUUUUCCACCAGAAGCAAACUAUCUUUUCCUUGGCGACUACGUAGAUAGAGGCAAGCAAUCACUCGAGACAAUCUGCCUGCUGCUCGCCUACAAGAUCAAGUACCCCGAAAACUUUUUCAUUCUCAGAGGAAACCACGAGUGCGCUAGCAUUAAUCGCAUCUAUGGUUUCUACGACGAAUGCAAAAGACGGUACAACAUCAAACUGUGGAAGACCUUUACAGACUGCUUCAACUGCUUGCCUAUCGCCGCCAUCAUUGACGAAAAGAUAUUCACUAUGCACGGAGGUCUGAGCCCCGAUCUCCAAAGCAUGGAGCAAAUACGACGUGUCAUGCGCCCUACAGACGUUCCAGAUACUGGAUUACUCUGCGAUCUACUAUGGUCGGAUCCAGAUAAGGACAUUACCGGCUGGUCGGAAAACGACCGUGGCGUCUCGUUUACGUUCGGUCCAGACGUCGUCUCUCGCUUCCUCCAAAAACAUGACAUGGACCUAAUCUGUCGUGCGCAUCAAGUCGUGGAGGACGGCUACGAGUUUUUCGCAAAGAGGCAGCUCGUCACCCUCUUUUCAGCUCCAAACUAUUGUGGAGAGUUUGACAAUGCGGGUGCCAUGAUGAGUGUCGAUGAGACGCUACUGUGUUCAUUCCAAAUUCUUAAACCCGCAGAGAAGAAACCCAAAUACCCCUACGGAGCGAUGGGAGGAAGAAACGUCACACCGCCGAGAAACAAGGGCAAGAAAAAGACCGAUGGGAGGAUGAGCUAA